CACAUUUUGGAUCCGUUCUUGAGUGUCCCUAAAAAGAUAAAUGGAUCCAGGGAGGAGUUUAUGGUAUGCUAGUUGCGCUGCCUGCCUGCGAGUGUUAAUCGAGUCUAGGAUCGUUCCUAAGAGAACAGUCGAGUUCCAGUGGUAUGCCGCUGAAGAGGUAGGACUUCUAGGAUCCGGUGAAAUUGCGCAAACAUAUUUUACUCAAGGGGUCAAGGUUGUGGCAAUGGUGAACUAUGACGGCGUUGGCUAUCACGCAGGCGCUAACCAGAUCGGUCUCCUUACAGAUCACACAUCCACCACGCUGACCGCCCUCCUUCGCCUUUUGAUCGAAAAGUAUUGUGCAUUCUCAUGGAUUAACCAUCAGUGUGGGUACGGUUGUUCGGACCACGCCUCAUUCACCCGCCACGGCUUUCCCGCCGCUUCUCCGUCAGAGUACCCCAUGAAUCCAAAUAUGCAUAAGGAAAUUGACACGGCGGAAAAAAUGAGUUUCAAACAAAUCGCAGAGUUUGUGAAAUUAACGGUUGGAACAGCCGUAGAAAUUGCGGAGGUACAAGAAGCAUGAAAGUUUUCACUGCAGCAUCGAAUCAAAUAAUUUAAUAGAAUGGAUUCGUUUAACUGAUUAAGAAAGAAAUCUUAGGUGAAAAACACGAAUAAAAUAUUUAAUGAGCAUUUAACAAA